AUGGCUCGACGACGGAGACAACCACGACCAGGCGCACUGGCCGAUCUUGCGCCUCUUCGUAUCCUUGCCCACAUCGCACUCCUUCAGAUUAGCUAUUACUUUGUCGCAGCGGUUCUCAUCGUGUUCGUCACUCUUACCGCAGGCGGGGACAUCAGCGCAGGUCGCGUCUUCGACUGGCGCCUUGUGCGCAGCGAUGUAACAACCGGAUGGACAUUGGCCCUUUGCUGGAUGCUCGACGCGCUCAUCACAGUCAUUCCGAUUCUCCUUCUUAUUGCUCGAAGUAAAUUAGUCCUGGACUUCGCCCUGACGAUACACUUCCUACACCUCAUCUUCACCACCCUUUACGUUCGAGCGAUCCCGACAGCACUCUCUUGGUGGCUAUUGCAAGCCGCUUCCUCUACUCUUAUGGUUACUCUCGGAGUUUGGGCUUGUCAGUGGCGCGAGCUUCGGCCGAUGGCCUUUGGAGGAAAGGGCAAGGGCAAAAGUGCUGCCUCUCAAGGGACAAAUGGUGUCACCGGCGAAACUGGGGAGGGGGUUGGUUUUGAAAUGGGCAGUGGAAGAGGACGCGGGAAGGAUGGCGCUGGGACCUACGAGAUGUUGAGUGUGCCCACUAAAGAGCCGGCCUGAAAUCGAGCUGUGCACAAUCGAUAGAACAAGGAGCAUUUCAACAACGAAUCUGCACCUGGCCCGACACCGAGAUCAAAGGACAAGCCGUUGAACGAGCUCGCUGUUCCGCCAAAUGCCAAUCGCCAAGAUUCACACGAAGCGUCGGCUUUGCUGUGUUAUACUCAGAGACGUUACACGCCCGGGAAGGCAGGCGCCCAAC